AUGACACCUUCCCCGGACAGGGAAGGGCCUGUUGAGCUCGAAGCCUCUCAGACAACCGCAACUCGCGAAACUUCUGUCAAACACGAGGCUGUCGGAUCCGAUAUGUCUACGGGAAUGGCCAGCGAAAAGCCUUCAACGUCUGCGCACCAGUCCACUGCCGCUUCUGGCUCUCAACAAGGCAUCAAAUCGAACAAAGGUGAGGAGCCGCCAGAAACGCAGUAUUUGAGUUCCUGGAAACUGGGCUUUAUCGUCACCGGGUUGAGUCUCUCCACCUUUUGUUUGGCAUUGGAUAAUACUAUUCUGGCGACGGCAAUCCCUCGAAUCACCGACCAGUUCAAAUCUCUAGAAGACGUGGGUUGGUAUGCCAGCUCUUACCUCCUGACAACGUGUGCGGUGACCUUGGGCUUCGGAAAACUCUACACCUUCUACUCCACCAAAUGGGUCUACUUGAGCGCUCUCUUCAUAUUCGAACUCGGAUCCCUGAUCUGCGGCGUGGCUCCCACUUCUGUCGCCCUCAUUAUCGGACGCGCUAUAGCCGGCAUCGGCUCGGGAGGUCUCUUCUCCGGAGGUAUUAUCAUCAUCGCACAAUCAAUCCCUCUGGAGCGACGGCCGAUUUAUACCGGAAUGCUCAGCUCCAUGUUCGGCGUAGCCAGCGUGGCUGGCCCAUUGAUGGGAGGCGCUUUCACAGAUCAUGUCACCUGGAGAUGGUGUUUCUAUAUCAACUUACCCGUCGGUGCAGUGACGUGCGCAUUCAUCGUGCUGUUCUUUAAAGCCCCCAAGUCCGUCAAAGAUAAGUCGGGCUUCAAGGAUCAGUUGGGUCAGCUGGACCUCCCUGGAACAGCUGUCUUCGUUCCUGCAAUCAUCUGCAUACUGCUCGCGCUGCAAUGGGGAGGCACGAAGUAUGCCUGGAGCAACGCCCGGAUUAUCGCCCUGUUUGUACUUUUUGGUGUCCUGAUCAUUGGAUUCGUUUUGAUACAGAUCUGGCGGCAAGAAAAAGCUACGGUACCUCCGCGUGUGAUCAAGCACCGUAACGCCUGGGCGGGCGCUUUUUUCCAGACCUUCAUGGCUGCCGCGUUCUUUGUCACGGUCUACUAUGCUAUCAAGGGAGUAUCGGCGACCAAGUCGGGCAUCAUGAGUCUUCCAAUGAUUCUGGGAAUGGUCAUCUGCGCCAUUCUCAGCGGUAUCCUGGUCACUGUCUUUGGCCAUUAUGGGCCGUUCUUGGUGUUGUCUCCCAUUCUGCUUGCGGUCGGCUCCGGACUCCUUACCACACUGAAAGUCGACUCCGGCCACCCGGCCUGGAUUGGGUAUCAGGCGCUCGCAGGCAUGGGCGCGGGAUUCGGCAUGCAACAACCCCUGAUGGCCGUGCAGGCUUCCCUCCCGUUUCCCGAUAUACCUACCGCGACAGCCUUGAUGAUGUUUGCGCAGACUCUCGGGGGUGCGAUCUUUUGCUCCGUCGGCCAGAACAUUUUCACGAAUCAGCUCCUUAAAAACUUGAUGCAUGAUGUUCCGUCGGUGAAUGCACCUCAAGUUAUCGGUGCAGGGGCGACGGAGCUCCGGAACGUUGUCCCAGUCGAGCAACUUCCGGCGGUUCUCCAGGCGUACAGCCGGGCCAUCACCGAGGCAUUCUAUGUCUGUGUGGCUACGGCUGUGCUUUCGUUCGUCGGAGCCUGUCUUGUCAAGUGGGUUUCUGUGAAGGGGAAGAAGAUCGACGCACACGCAGUGUAG